AUGGAUGACUCAAUUCAACAGGAAAUAUGCAAAACCUCCCAAAAACCAGGUAAAAUUCAAAAAUUUACCUAGAAAAAUCGAUUUUUUCCAGGAUUACCACCAAGAAAAGGAUUUGAGUGUGUUGGUCUAAAUCUUGUAGCGGAUUUAUACAAAAGAGGAGCAUUUGACAAUAUUUCAUCGGCAAUUAGUGCGAAGAAGCGAAAAGUUGAGAAUUCUGAGGAAAAUGUGUGCAAAUUGGUGAAAAUGAACGCGGAAGCUUGGGAAAAUCGAAGAAAAUUUGAAUCACGUGUUGCAGACGGAAUUUCAAAGCCGCGUGAGAAGAAAAAUAAUACAGAAAUAUCGGAAACUUUGAAAAACGCAUAUUUACCGAGCGAAAUUUGGGAAAAUGAGGAAACUUGCGAACAAUUCUCAAAAAAUCCUAUAAUUCACAAGGGAAAUAUCGAUUUUCAACAAAAUUUGGAGAUUCCUGAAGUUUAUCAAGUUUGUGAGGAGAAAAUUGAGCCCAAAACUUGCACAUUUUUGUGGUCAAAAGCUGAGGAAGAAGACAAUUUUAAGAAAUUCCCAGAAAUUCCUUUAAUUCACAAUGAAAUUAUGGAUUUUCCAAAAACUUCAGAGGUUUCUGAAGUUUAUCGAAUCGAAGGUUAGGAGUUUUUCUAGUUAUUUUUUAUCUGAAAAUUAAAUUUUGUCUAGUUUCAGAGCCCCGCGAACCUUGCACAUUUUUGAGAACGAAAUCUGAAGAAGAGGAAACUUUUGAUAAAUUCCCAGAAGUUCCUGUAACUUAUGAAGAAUCUUCAAUGGUCCCAGAAGUUAUGCGAACUCAAAAGAAAACAGAAGUUCCACACAAAAAACCAAAAUCAGACCUUCCGAUGGAAAAAUGGCUUUGCAAACCGUAUUUUUUCUUCAACAAAAAACCGGAAAAGAAAAAAGUUGUGAAGAUUUUGCCGAAAAUCGAGAAAAUUGUGCCGAAAAAGGUGGAAGUUAUCAAUUUGCGCAAAUUUCUCCCUGAAUAUAAUAGGAACUUGUAGAAAUGUGUAUAAAUACUUUUAUUUUUGAAUGUAAUUUGUUAUGUUUUAUCAGCUUGAUUCAGUUUUUCAAAUGAAAAUUGACAGUUUUUUGGAGUUUUUUUUUGUGCGAAAAUCUGUUGAUAAUUUGAUACAGUCGAUAUUUUGAAGCUUUAUAAUCAGCGAAUUUGUAUUUUGCAGGUGAUGGAUCUCGAUCUUGAAAAACUGUCAAUUUCAGAAGAAAGUUCUGAAAAGGUAUGUGGUAUUCAAUAAAAUUAAAUUGAAAAUUUUAAAUUUCUUUUUUUUCAGGGAUGGAUUAAAAUUGAUAUGAUGGAUGAAAAAUCAAAGUGUAGUUUUGCAAUUUGUUCGAAAAAAUGUGUGGAAGAAAUUGGAAUGAAUAGAAAUUCAAUCGAAAAGCUAAUAAUUAUAAAUCGUAAUAUGACAGUGUAUUUUCAUAUGACAUCAAAAGAUAUUUCAAGAAACAUAUGCUUCUUUGAUAAUUUUUUGACUGGAAAAGUUCAAAUCAAAUGCGAAGAUCACAAUUCACAUCGUAUAAUUUGGAAAAAAGAAGAAAUUGGUGGAUAUUUUAAUGUUGUUCUCAAAUAUCUCGAUUACAUUUUGAAAAGUGGAGCUGAAAGUUUGAAAGAAUUACAAAUUGGUGAAGUAAGUUUUGCAUUUUUAUUGUUAGUAAAAAGCAAAUAUUCAAGUUACAUAUUUUUCAGCAAUACUUUAAUAUCAAUGAAAAUCAUUUGAAAUUCAAAAAUUUGAAAAAAUUGAAGAAAAUUUGUUUAUUUGUGGAUUUUAAUUUCAAAUCAUUUGAUUUUGAACAAUUUUGUGGAUAUACAAAUGUUCACUUAAGAUGCCCAUAUUUAUCAAUGGAUCAAUUAUUUCAAAUCAAAGCUAAAGAUGUUGCUAUUUAUGGUUUGACAUGGACAUUAGCAUAUAUCAACAGAUUUUUGAAAAGGUGUAUUGAUGGAGAAAUUGAUGAAAAUGUUGAAUAUAUAACAUUGGGAUUUGAUGUGUUCAUUGAAUUUAUGGUUUUCAUGGAUUUGAAUUAUUUCGCGAGAAUUGAUAGGUAUGUUUUGUUAUAUUGUCAUUCCAGAAAUAAAAGAACCCCCGUUUGAAUUGGCGCUCACGUACAGUAGACUAAAAAUGACGUGACACAUGCAUAUCAAACUGGUUGGCAAAUAGCCAACGUGUAAAUUUCGCAUUUUAUUUUCCAAAUAGACUCCAAAAUUUCGCGAAGUCUACUGUAGUAUUGGUUUCCUAGGCCAUGUCGGUUCUCUUCCAAGGUUCUUUUUUUUUUCGGAAGGACAAUACCUUAUUGUGAUCUAUUAUCGAAAAUUCAAUCGGUACCACGCGCUCUACCGCACACACGCCCGCGAAAAAAAAUUGUUUGAACGUGAUUUUUUUUUAAUUUUUCGCGUUUCGUCUAUUCAAGGCAAUCGCUGAUGUUUCUAUGUUUUCCAUACAGAAUUGGAGCUCCUGUAAUAUGUCUAUAAGUGUUCAUGCUGAAAUUCAGCUUUAUCCUAGUUUUUAGCAGGUUGAAAAAUUAACGAUUCAAAUUCCCUCCCUUUUUUGUGCGUGUUGUGAUGCGGCGCGGUCUGCGUUGCGUGUUUAUUUCGGUGGAGCGCAAGGUACCGAUGAGUUUUUCGAUAAUAGAACUUUUUAAAUUUUUAUUGUCGCAAUUCGAAACAAAAAUAUUUUAAUUUUAAUUCCAGAGGUUCUCAAAUCGAAUAUCUUUUCGAAUAUAAACAUCAAUCGGAUUGGUAUCUUUUUGUCGCCAUUGUUAAAAGUGCUCACCAAAAUAAACUACAUAUUUUCACACGAGCAACCAAAGAAAUGCCAAAUGACAGUGAAUAUGAGAUUUUUCCGUCACCUUGA